AUGGACAGGAGGUUAAAAAGGAAUUGGCAUCAUGUCGUCAGUCAUUUAACCAGGAUGGACUUCUCGGAUGUCUUCACUCCUGUUCUGGACACAAUGCCGGUUUCUUCACCACCAAACUCGUCUCUGGACAAUGUCAGUCAAACCUCCUCCUCCUCGUCGAGAUCUCCUCCUCUACCUCCUCACUCGCAGGUGGUGUCAGUCUUCAUCGUGCUGGUGGUCACAGUCAUCAUCCUGGGGACGGUGGUGGGUAACGUGCUGGUCGUGAUGGCCGUGUUCACCAGUCGAGCCCUGAGGGCGCCUCAAAAUCUCUUCCUGGUGUCUUUGGCGUCAGCGGAUAUUCUGGUGGCGACGCUGGUGAUUCCCUUCUCUUUGGCUAAUGAGGUCAUGGGUUACUGGUACUUUGGUUCCACCUGGUGCUCCUUCUACUUGGCUCUGGACGUCCUCUUCUGCACCUCCUCCAUCGUCCACCUCUGCGCCAUCAGCCUCGACCGCUACUGGUCCGUCACUAAAGCCGUCAGCUACAACCGCAAACGGACGCCCAGACGCAUUAAAGCGAUGAUCAGCGUGGUGUGGUUCAUAUCUAUCGUCAUCUCGUCCCCGCCGCUCCUCAUGACGCAGAAAGAGGAGGACGUGGAGACGGAGGACGAGAGGGACGCACAGAUGCAGGAGUGUCUUCUCAACAACCAGACGUGGUACAUCCUCUCCUCCUGCCUGGUGUCCUUCUUCGUCCCGGGAGUCAUCAUGAUACUGGUGUAUUGUAAGAUCUACCGCGUUGCCAAGCAGCGAGCCUCCACCGUGUUCGUGGCCAAGAAUGUGAUGGAGCGGCAGCCGUCCCAGUCCGAGACCUGCUUCGUGGGCAAAGGAGGCGGCGACUGUCAGUACGAGCUGCACAGUCCACAGCCCGUCAACCGCCACAGCUCGUCCAACUUGGACAGCACCAGCAGCGGCCACAGGAGAGGAGAGCUGGACGAUAUCAACCUGGAGGAGAGGAGCCUCGAGGCGGACGUGACAACCUCCUCCUCCUUCUCUCUCCGUUUCCCCAGGAGAGCAGGAGGGAGGCUGAAGACAGAGGAAGGGAAGGAGGCUGGGGGGACAACGAGCAGGUUGAAACCUCCUCCGCCUGCUUCCUGCGCCUCCAUCUCCUGGGCCUCAUCAGACCAGUUCUCCCAGCACUGCCUCCUCCCCUCUCCUGUGCCGCUCCGCAGCCGCCACUCGUCUCUGUCCAAACACAAAGUGGCUCAGAUGAGGGAGAAGCGCUUCACCUUCGUCCUGGCGGUGGUGAUGGGAGUUUUCGUUCUCUGCUGGUUCCCGUUCUUCUUCACCUACAGUCUUCACGCUGUGUGCAGAGACAAGUGUCCGAUUCCCGACUCGCUCUUCAACCUCUUCUUCUGGAUCGGAUACUGCAACAGCUGCCUGAACCCCAUCAUAUACACCGUCUUCAACCGGGACUUCAGGAGGGCCUUCCGGAAGAUUCUGCUCCACACCCACAGACCAACAUAACGAGUGUGUGUGUGUGUGUGUGUGUGUGUGUGUGUGUGUGUGUGUGUGUGUGUGUGUGUGUGUGUGUGUGGUCAUUCCCACAUUAAAGGGCUUUGUGAUACAGCUGCAGUAUUGAUUCAUUGUUCAGGUUUCUGAAGUGAUCACUUUAUACUGAUACCGAUCAGCUGACUCCUGAUGAAGCUUCUUGGUUUCCACUGAAUGUUGAUGAGGGAAAUGUCCGCGGGGCAGAGGACAUGUCCCUGCGGAGCUCCACGAUGUCUGAGCACUGAGCUGCUCUACAAUCCAAAGAGACACAACCUGCUUUGAAAAACAAACCAUGAGUUUACAUGGAUUUCUGUGCCUCGGAGAAAUUAAACACCCGGAGGAACCAAAGUUAAACUUUUAAAGAAAUAACCAACAGAAGGUUUUCACGCAGCAGCGAUGUUGUGUUGCCGCAGCUCAGGGGCAAAGGUGUUAAACAUUCAUGUGCAGCAGCAGACGAGGCUGAGCUGCUUGAAACAGAGAGAAUCGAUUCCAGAGCCUGAAUCGAUACGACCGACCUGGACCACAACCUCCAGGAAGAAGUGAGAGUGAAUGAGCGCUGAACUCUGACCUGAAACAACAAGAGCAGCUCCUCAUCGGUUCAAUCCUCUCCUCUCAGGUUGUUGGGGGGGAGCUCAAUGGUUGCUUUAUAUCUGGAAGGAGAUGAUGAAGAUGAUGAUCGUCGGUCAGUUUCACGGCGAGCGAUCACAUGAGCAGGGGUCCAUUAUUCUGGUUGCUAUGCAGAAUCCCUCCUGUUUUCAGAAACAGAUGUUUCCUCUGUGUUUCAGUCUCAUUUCCUUUCUGAGGAGCAGGUUUUCUUCUUAACCCUGAAGAUCUUCACUUAAAGAGUCAAACUGCUGAAGCCUCAUGUUAACGUCAGGUUUAACUUUACAGUUGAUCCACAGAACGAGGAAUCUGAUCUUUACAAAGAACCAGAGAAAUGAUCAGAACCGGCCUCAGUGUUAGAAUAUUACAAUAAUAAUAAAAGUUUGUUUAAUCCACAAAUGUCACUUUUCCAAACGUAAUGUUAUUCAGUGUGUAGGAUUUAGUGGCAUCUAGUGGUGACGUAGCAGAACAACCUCCUCUCACAUUAUAACGGUGAUGACGUAAAAACACAAAAGUCCAAUGUUAGCAUUAAAAAGUGUUGACUCAUCAAUCUCAAUUCUACUGAGGUUAGCAUGCUAACCAGCUAGCACCAUCAGGAGGAGCAGAUCCUCAGGAGGAGCCAGGGAGGAGCAGAUCAUCAGGAGGAGUCGGAGAGGAGCAGAUCAUCAGGAGGUGCCGGGGAGGAGCAGAUCAUCAGGAGGAGUCGGAGAGGAGCAGAUCAUCAGGAGGAGCCGGGGAGGAGCAGAUCAUCAGGAGGAGCCGGGAGGAGCAGAUCAUCAGGAGGAGCCGGGGAGGAGCAGAUUGAGGAACUACAGUGUCUCCUCCAGCGUCUGGUUCCACCACGAGUCUGAUGUUGCAUCAGCUUGGGUCAGAACCUGAACCUGGUGAGUUUCAUCUUCACGCUCACAUGAAUCUCUUCGUGUCUUUGAUGUAAUCAUUUGAUCACGUGAUCGUGAGUGUCAGUCCGAGGGUUUGAAUCCUCAGGUUCAGUCCUGACUUUGUGUUUCAGACACUUGAUCGUUGCUGAACGUUCUGCUCAUGUCUCCGGUGACAGAUCAAUUCCAACAGGACCUUUUUCAUCUUGACGAUUUUUCUCAAUCACAUCUUUGAAAUCUUGUUCCAGCGAGUGACAGUUUGACGAUUCGAUUUUUGACCGUCUGUCUUUAGUGAAUGUGAAGAGUGUGAAGAUCCAACAAAGUGUUUUCACUCUGGAACAGAACCAGGUUCAGUUUGAUCCAGACCCAGAACACCUCUUCCAUCUGAUUCUCCUGACACAGACAUAUUGAUAAUAAUCAAUACUAACUGAUCCUUGUCUCUUUACGUUUGUUGAUGAUGGUUUCUUUUUCUGAGUCGUGUGGAGAAACGUUCUUCCUGUUUUUGAGACUGAUGAAGGUUUUAAACGUCAACACGGACUCUGAUGGAAACUUGAUGCUGAAGCUGCAUCAAACACAAAAGGUUUAAAAGAAGAAACUCAGAUGAUGAGAUUCAUGAAUCUCAUCAUCUUCAUCUUCUCUUGUAUCUCUUUGUCUUCUUCACCCACAUUAUCGAACCUCCUCAUUCAUCCUGCUCUAUUUUUACCUCCUCAUCCAUUCACCUGCUUUUUUCUUUUCUCAUCUCUUUGUUUCCUGUUUCCCUCACGGCUCAGAUCUCUGUUGCUUUGUUUCUGCCUCUGACUCACAUGUGCAGACAAAUUACUUUCUCCAGUCCAAUCAGGCUGUUUCCAUGAAUCUGAUUGAAUGAUUUAAUUUAAUUCAAGUGUUUACGUCGCCUCAUGGUCGCAGCAUCAUCAGUGUGUGACCUCUGCGUCUGUCACGUCUGUUUCAAGAACGCCUUCUGGUCAUUUGUCUCAAUUUGGUAAAACGUUCAGUUCUCAGGACUUAAAGAUGAAUUCAAUCGAUUUUAUUCGUCUAAGUUCUGAGCUGAUUGUCUUAACAGCAGCUUCAUUGUUCCCUGUGAUCGACACCAUGUUCCUGAUCUCACAGGCGGCUGUGGCUGAGGGGUAGAGCGGUCGUCCUCCGA